GAGACCGCGGGCUACCUCUGCCAGGAUCGCUGGGGCGCUUGCCGCUUUCCUGUUGGCUUUGGGCGACCCGAGCUGCCAGAGGAGAGGCAGGUGCACCAACUGGAUGCGCGCACAGGAGCCUCGUUGAAAUUUACCCUCCUGAACCGGCAGGGACGAGUUUGGACCCUGAUCGCUGGUGGUGGUGCAAGUGUAGUUUACACCGACACCAUUUGUGAGUACGGCUUCGCGAAAGAGCUGGCCAACUAUGGUGAGUACUCCGGGGACCCUCCCGAGGAGUUUGUCUACGAAUACACCAAGAUCAUCUUGAGCGUGAUGACAUCCUCACCGGAACCAUACGGGAAGGUGCUCUUGAUCGGCGGGGGUGUGGCCAACUUUACAGAUGUGGCGAGCACCUUCAAGGGCAUUGUGAAGGCCCUGAAAGAGUUCGGUGCCGCCUUGAAAGCCUGUGGCACCACCGUGUGGGUGCGUCGUGGUGGGCCGAACUACGCCGAAGGGCUCGCCAAGAUGAAGAGCGCCUGUGAGGAGAUCGGCAUUCCAGCGCAGGUCUAUGGUCCUGAGGCGCACCUCACCUCCAUCGUCCGCGAUGCCCUGGCAGCACAGAAGGGCGCCGUGCCCCCUGCUAUGCCGGAGCCAGUGGUGAAGAUUCCGGCUGGUGGUGCCACAAAGCCUGCAGCAUGCCAGCAUCUCAUGGAAUUCUCCGCAGAGACGCAGGCGUUCGUCUAUGGCAUGCAAGUGAAGGCUGUGCAAAGAAUGCUGGAUUUUGAUACACUCUGUGGUCGCAAGACCCCCAGUGUAGCUGCCAUGAUCAACCCCACGGGAGAGGCGACCUUUGAAAAGUUCCUCUUUGGUUCUGCAGAUGUCUUGAUUCCAGUCUAUACCUCUUUGGCAGAGGCUGUGGAACGUCAUGGCAAAGCCCCUAAGAUGCUGGUGAGUUUCGCCUCCUUCCGCUCCGUCUUCAGUGCCACCAUGGAAGCUCUGCAAUUUUCGGAGGUCAUCAAGUCCCAGGCCAUCAUCGCUGAAGGCGUCCCCGAGGCCCUCACACGACGCUUGCAUUUUGAGGCCAACCAACGUGGAGUGGCGAUCAUUGGACCGGCCACCGUGGGCGGGAUGAUGCCUGGCCGCUUUCGAAUUGGCAAUGCGGGUGGAGCCGUGGAGAAUUUGUUGUUGGCCAAGCUCUAUCGGCCGGGCUCGGUAGGUUACACGACCAAGUCCGGUGGGAUGUCCAAUGAGCUCAAUAAUAUUGUUGCCCUCAAUACGGAUGGUGUGAGAGAGGGUAUCGCGAUUGGUGGAGACCGAUGGCCUGGAGUCCGCUUCCUGGAUGUUUUAUUGCGUUUUGAAGCAGAUCCGAACAUCAAGAUGAUGGUCCUUCUGGGGGAAGUGGGUGGUCGCGAAGAGUAUUUGGUGGCCGAGGCUCUUGAGGAUGGACGCCUCACGAAGCCGCUCGUGGCCUGGUGCUGUGGCACGGCGGCCGAGGCCUUUGAUUACGAGGUGCAGUUUGGCCACGCUGGGGCGCGCGCGCGGGAUGUGGAGGAGACGGCGGGUGCGAAGAACCGCGCGAUGGCCAAAGCAGGUGCCCACGUACCCCGGAGCUUCGAUGAGUUCGGGGAUCUGAUUGCUGCUGUUCACAAGGCGUUGGUGAAGGCUGGAGCCAUUGUCGUGGCGAAUGAGCCACCGGUGCCCAAGUUGCCCAGCGAUUACGAUGCACUGAAGAAGAAGGGCCUGGUGAGGAAGCCGGCAAAUUUUGUGUGUUCCAUUUCGGAUGAUCGUGGGCCCGAGCCAACGUAUGCUGGUGUUCCUAUCUCUGAGAUUGCCAAAGAUGAGCAAUUGGGAGUUGGAGGGGCCAUUUCCUUGCUUUGGUUCAGGCGGAAGUUGCCGGUCUAUGUAUCCAAGUUUAUCGAGCUGUGCAUUGUGACCACAGCAGACCAUGGCCCUUGCGUUUCGGGGGCCCACAAUACCAUUGUGGCCGCACGUGCGGGCAAAGACCUCGUGUCCUCCUUGAUUUCUGGCCUCGCCACCAUUGGACCGCGCUUCGGCGGCGCGCUGGACGAGGCGGCACGGAUGUUCAGUGAGGCGCUGGACCGCAACUGGUCACCGGAGAAGUUUGUGGAGAAAUGCAAGGAGGUGAUCAUGGGCAUUGGACACAGAGUCAAAUCCUUGGACAAUCCAGACGCAAGAGUGGUCCUGAUCAAGGAAUAUGCUAAGACGCAUUUUCCAGCCACCCCGCUCUUGGACUUUGCUUUGGCAGUGGAGCAGAUCACAACCAAGAAGAAGGCCAGCCUGAUUCUCAACGUUGAUGGCUGCAUAGCUGUGUGCUUUGUCGACCUGCUUCGUGGUUGUGGGGACUUCUCCAGGAGUGAGGCAGAUGAACUGGUCAAAAACGGUGUGCUCAAUGGGCUCUUCGUGGCUUCACGGACUUUGGGCCUUGUGGGACAUUUCCUGGACCAGCGUCGUUUGAAGCAACCUCUCUAUCGCCAUCCUUACGAUGACGUCACUUACCUAGACUCAUAG